AUCGGCAUCUUUUCUGCCAAAGUAGGAGAAUAUUUUUAUUUAUUUUUUUUUUUUUAGAACUUUUUUUUUUUUUUUUUUUUCCCUGGUUCUUCAGCGACAUGGAGUACACUUCCUCCCCGAAGCCGCAGCUGUCCUCCCGGGCCAACGCCUUCUCCAUCGCCGCGCUCAUGUCCAGCGGGAAGCCGAGCCGGGAGAAGGAGGCCGAGGAGAGCACCAUCAAGCCCCUCGAACAGUUCGUGGAGAAGUCCUCCUGCAACCAGCCGCCCCUCGCCGACCUCCCGUCGUCGCUGGACGUGCACGGAGAGUUCGCGGGGAGCGUGCCCGCGGCGUGCACGGAGCCCCUCAUCCCCACCAGCCCGGGCGUCCCCAGCGAGGAGAUGGCCAAGAUCUCCUGCAGCCUGGAGACCAAAGACCUGUGGGACAAGUUCCACGAUCUGGGCACCGAGAUGAUCAUCACCAAGUCCGGAAGACGGAUGUUCCCGACCAUCCGUGUGUCGUUCUCCGGGGUGGACCAGGACUCCAAGUACAUAGUCCUGAUGGACAUAGUCCCGGUGGACAACAAGCGCUAUCGCUAUGCUUAUCACCGCUCAUCGUGGCUGGUGGCCGGCAAGGCGGACCCCCCUCUGCCUGCCAGGUUGUACGUUCAUCCAGACUCGCCUUUCAGCGGAGAGCAGCUGAUGAAGCAAAUGGUUUCCUUCGAGAAAGUCAAGCUGACCAACAACGAACUGGACCAGCAUGGUCACAUCAUCUUGAACUCCAUGCACAAAUACCAACCUCGUGUUCACAUCAUCAAGAAGAAGGAGCACACGGCCUCGCUGCUCAACUUCAAGUCCGAGGAAUUCCGCACCUUCGUCUUCGUGGAGACCGUCUUCACCGCCGUCACCGCCUACCAGAACCAGCUGAUCACCAAGCUGAAGAUUGACAGCAAUCCUUUCGCCAAAGGGUUCCGGGAUUCGUCGCGGCUGACCGACAUGGAGAGGUACAAAGAAUUCUGGGACCUGCAGUGUGUGGAAAGUGUUGAGAACCUCAUCCACAAGCACUCGUACGCCCGCUCGCCCAUCAGGACCUACGCCGGCGAGGACGACGGCCUGGGAGACGACGGUCACACGCCUCAUGGCAGAGGUUCAGCGUUCAGCGCGUCAGACAAUCUGUCUCUGAGUUCCUGGGUCGCCGGCACCACUUCGGGCUUCUCUGGCUUCCAGCACGCCCCCCAGUCCUUGUCCGCCUCCCUGCCACACCCCAUCCAGGGCUCCCUGCCGCCCUACGGCCGCCUGGGCCUGCCCCUCACCCCCAUGCAGGGCAGCGGGCCGUCCUUCCCGUCCUUCCACAUGCCUCGCUACCAUCACUACUUCCAGCAGGGACCCUACGCCGCCAUCCAGGGCCUACGCCACUCCUCCACCGUCAUGACGCCCUUCGUAUGACUCCGCCCCCUCACGCCGUCCCCGUGUAAAUAUUCACACAAAAGACACUUGAAGCAACGUCCUGACAAAAUAUCGGCGAAGUUGACUGCCGACGGCGGUCGUCUUUCCUGACGGCCGACUGGACCUCGAACCUCAAACGCAUCGUUGACUCACACGAUGUCAACACUUUGCCAAAGCGAGGAGACGACGCUUUGCCGCCUUUUGGACAAAUUCUUCAACGACACAGGAAGUGAAGGCGUACAAAGAUGGCGGUGCGGCAUUCGCUCGCUAUAAAGAGCUAAACAAACAUUAGCAUGCAUGCUAACGGAAGUAGAAAAGCUCAAAAUCCAUUCAUCCAUCUAUCCAUCUUCUUCCGCUUAUCCGAGGUCGGGUCGCGGGGGCAGCAGCCUAAGCAGAGAAGCCCAGACUUCCCUCUCCCCAGCCACUUCGUCCAGCUCUUCCCGGGGGAUCCCGAGGCCAACCGGGAGACAUAGUCUACCCAACGUGUCCUGGGUCUUCCCCGUGGCCUCCUACCGGUCGGACGUGCCCUAAACACCUCCCUAGGGAGGCGUUCGGGUGGCAUCCUGACCAGAUGCCUGAACCACCUCAUCUGACUCCUCUCCAUGUGGCUUUACUCUGAGUUCCUCCCGAAUGACAGAGCUUCUCACCCUAUCUCUAAGGGAGAGCCCCGCCACCCGGCGGAGGAAACUCAUUUCGGCCGCUUGUACCCGUGAUCUUGUCCUUUCGGUCAUAACCCAAAGCUCAUGACCAUAGGUGAGGAUGGGAACGUAGAUCGACCGGUAAAUUGAGAGCUUUGCCUUCCGGCUCAGCUCCUUCUUCACCACAACGGAUCGAUACAGCGUCCGCAUUACUGAAGACGCCGCACCGAUCCGCCUGUCGAUCUCACGAUCCAC